AUGGAAAAAGAGCAGUAUGGAUCUGUGAUUCGAUUUCUUUUUUUGGAUGGGAAAACGUGUGAAGAAAUCAAAAUCAAGUUGCAGGCAGUUUAUAAGGACCAAGCACCUUCGAUAACUACCAUCAGAUACUGGUUCAACGAAUUCAAACGUGGCAGAACAUCUGUUUUGGAUGAAGAGCGCCCAGGUCGUCCGAUUAAAGUAACUACUGAGGAAAUGGUCAACAAAAUCCACGAUAUUGUCUUAGCAGACCGUCAGGUGAAGAUCAGAGAGAUUGCUGAGAUUCCAAACAUCUCAACCGAACGUGUGCACAACAUUCUUCAAGAAAAACUGGGCAUCAGAAGGCUAUCGGCACGAUGGGUGCCGCGUUUGCUCACAGUGGAGCAAAAACGGAAUUGCGUUACAACUUCGGAACAUUGCUUGAAUAUGUUUAAGCACAAUUCGAAGGAGUUUCGAAGGCGUUACUCAAAACAAGGGACUCUACCCGGCGAACGUGCGCCAAAGAAAGCGAAAACGGUUUUUUCGGCCGGAAAAGUUAUGGCUACUGUUUUUUGGGAUUCGCAUGGCAUCAUUUUCAUAGACUAUUUGGAAAAUGGCAAAACAAUCACAGGGCAGUACUAUGCUAGCCUAUUGAGCCGAUUUGAUGCUGAAUUAAAGAUAAAACGGCCCCAUUUGUCGAAAAAAAAGUUGUGUUUCACCAUGAUAACGCACCGGCUCACACGUCUGCAAUUGCCACGGCAAAACUGGUUGAAUUACGCUAUGGAUUACUGCUGCAUCCUCCCUAUUCGCCAGAUUUAG